AUGGACGUCCUUACACUGCCCAAUAAUGUGACUGAAUUUGUUCUCCUGGGACUCACGCAGAAUCCACACUUACAGAAAAUACUCUUCAUUGUCUUUCUGUUCAUUUUCUUAUUCACUGUGCUGGCCAACUUGCUGAUUGUCAUCACCAUCUCCCUCAAUCCCACGCUUUCUGCUCCCAUGUACUUCUUUCUCACUCACUUGUCCUUCUUAGAUGCCUUCUUCACCUGUGUGAGCACACCCAAAUUGAUCAUUGACCUGUUGCGCCAGAGGAGAACCAUCUCCCGGGGUGGCUGCCUGACUCAGCUCUUUGUGGAGCACUUCCUGGGAGCAUCAGAGAUCAUCCUUCUCAUCGCCAUGGCCUAUGACCGCUAUGCGGCUAUUUGCAAACCUCUGCACUACACGACCAUCAUGCGAAAAGGGCUCUGCCAGCUCCUGGUGGUGGUAUCCUGGAUCGGGGGGAUCCUACAUGCCACUGUGCAGAUUCUCUUUAUGGUCGACUUGACCUUUUGUGGUCCCAAUGUCAUUGACCACUUCAUGUGUGAUUUCUUCUCCCUGAUGGAACUUGCCUGCAGCGACACCUACCAACCCGGAAUGGUGGUGGCAACUAACAGUGGGGGCAUGUGCGUGCUUAUUUUCUCCAUGUUAUUGGUCUCUUACAUAGUCAUCCUGAGCUCCCUGAAAUCCCAUGGCUCUGAAGGCAGGCGCAAAGCGCUCUCUACGUGUGGCUCCCACUUUACAGUAGUGGUAUGCUUUUUUGUCCCUUGUAUAUUAACUCACUUGCGCCCUGUAGCCACUUACCGUACAGACAAGUGGGUGGCUGUGUUCUUUGCAAUCUUUACUCCCAUGCUAAAUCCUAUUAUUUAUACAGUGAGAAAUGCAGAGGUUAAAAAUGCCAUGAGGAGUUUGUUGAAGAAGAGAAUAACUUAG